AUGUUCAAGAUGUCGAGCUUGUCUACCGGACAUUGUCACGUCGGAAGAAAUUGUAUUGAAUUGCUCGAUCUUGAAAUCGGCGAUACGACGCUCUGCGGCAGCAGCAGCAGCAGCAAAGCAGCCAGUCGAGGCUGUGCCUGUCGAUGUGUGUUGGUCUCUCUUCGCGAAUCAACGGUGGCUUUCCUGGCUGAGGACUCAGACUCCACCUGGACGGCGAUGCAGCAGCUCGCACGCAGUAACGACAAAACACCGCGCACGUCCUCGCGCUCUUCCGAGUUCGUUAUCAUUCUCAAUCGACAUCUCCACUUCCAAUCCUCCGGUGUCAAAGUCUCCCAAGAGUGUCUGGACAAGUUCCAGGAGCUCAAGCUCGGCAAAAAGAUCAAGUACAUCAUCUACAGCCUCAACGACAAGAACACCGAGAUCAUCGUCCAAAACACCUCGACUUCCACCUCGUAUGACGACUUCCUUGCCGAGCUUCCUCCUACCGAGUGCCGAUACGCCAUUUACGACUUCGAGUACGAAAAGGGCGAUGCGGGCAAACGUAACAAGAUCUGCUUCUUCUCUUGGUCGCCCGAUGACGCAAGGAUCAAGCCCAAGAUGGUCUUCGCUUCCUCCAAAGACGCUCUCCGAAAGGCGCUCGUCGGCAUCUCUGCAGAGAUCCAGGGCACCGACUUUUCCGAAGUCAGCUACGACACCGUCCUCGACAAAGUCAGCCGAUCCACUUUCUAG